AUGCCUCUCUCAAUGUCAUCUAUCCCUGACUUAGUUGAAGCGAAGGAUAUCCUUCCUAAGCCACUGAAAGCUUCAAGCGCGAGAGCCUCAGUUUCUCAGACACUUGCUAAUGAUAAAUCGGUUCUCCAUCUCAAAUGGAACAAUCUCGACGAGUUCGUCAAAUGGAAGCUGGAUGAAGAGAAAAGGCUCUCUAUCCAGCUGGUUUCUGGUCUGACUCAUCACAGCGCUCACGCAUAUGCUCAGCAACAUGGAGGGAUCAUCUAUCUUUGUCGCCACAAUGGGGCUGAGAGCAAAGUAUCUUGUCCUUCCUUUUUAUCAGUGCAGCUACCUUCAGAUCGCGGCUCAGUCACUGCCAUUUACAACAAGAAGCAUGUACACACACAAGACGACGCUGAGAAAAGUUUGAAAGGUACAGCCAUCGCGAAGAAUAAGGGUAAAAAGCCUGCCAUCCGUGUUGGAGAAACUUCUAAGCAGGCUGAGGUUCCAUCGGCUUGUGUACCAAUCAACCCUCUUUCUUCCAAAGCGAAAGACCCGUCCGUAAAAUCUAACACCCUCCCGGCGCAUUCGUCGAAUGGUACCCUUGACUGGGAUGAUGUUUUGUGUAAUCAGUACUCGCAUGACAUUAUAAAUUCGAUCGCCAACCUCGAGCUCAAGAAGCAUAUCGACGUCGGGGUGCAAACAGACAAUAUCACAGAUAGAGAUUCUUUACCUUCCAUGAAUAUCCCUCAACAUAAUUGGAACAUCUACGCUCACGCUCCGAAUGGCCACGGAAACACAAUAGUUGAGCAGCUCAACGAAAGGGCUAACUCGUCCCAGACUGGUGCGAAUCAUGCUUUGAACGGAGCAUCUUUGACGGACACUGGACUACCCUUUAAUUCGCUACGUGUGGACGAACAACAUGACCUAGAGACUUCUGCCCAACGAAUGUUGCGCGAGGUGAUAAAUAGUAUGUCGGACACCGCAAUGACUGUGAACAAUCAUCUAAUUGAGUUGAUAUCAACAGAGAACACAAAGCAACCUGUUCUGUAUCCCAACUCGACUACAAAUCAGGAUGCAGCUUCCGGGCCUCAGCCGUUGGGAGAUCAUAAUUCCUCAAGCGUCAUCUGGCCAACUACAACGGCAGACAAACAAGACCCACCUUCUAGACACGAGCCUGAAAAUUCACACGGCACGGUGUCAGAAGUGCGUAAGAGAAAGCAAACCGACGCUAAUGACAAUGUCGAUAAUGUCGUUCAAGAUUCGGAUAAGCGCGCUCGCAGCGGCUGGGGGCUCCCAACGUCCGGGGGUGAGUCUUUUGCAUUCUAUGGCGCCUUGCCGGAGUCGUCUUCGUCGGCACUUGACACUUCGGAUGCUGAAUGGUUUACUCCAGCCCCUGAUGCUGUCAGCGGUGGCCAACCAAUCGAGAACUGGGAUACGUGGUGGCCCGAUGACGUCCUUUCUUGGGGCGAGGCCGAUUGGGAGAAGGCCAUUAAUGCGGCGUAUGAGGGAGGGUUUCUUGCCAGUAAUGUACCUGAAGUCUGA